AUGGCUUCUUGGAGCAAAGCUCUCCUCUCUUCAGCACUUAAUCCAUCUUCUCUCUUUUCUUCUCGUCCUCGUCACUUUUUAAAUUCUUCUUUUUCGCUUGGUGGCAUCAAAGUCACUGCCCCCUUUACUUACCCUUCAAUUUCCAAAACACAACCGACACCUUUUUGCCUCUCUUUCUCUUUCAAAAAACACAUUUGCAGAGCUGCCGAGUACAAAUUUCCCGACCCAAUUCCCGAAUUUGCUGAUGCUGAAACUGACAAGUUUAAGACCCAUCUGCUCAAUAAGCUUGCCAAGAAAGAUAUGUUUGGAGAUUCACUUGAAGAAGUCGUAGGAAUCUGCACUGAGAUAUUCAACACUUUCUUACACACAGAGUAUGGCGGUCCUGGAACACUCUUGGUCAUUCCAUUCAUUGACAUGGCUGAUACUCUAAAUGAACAAGGGUUGCCUGGGGGACCACAAGCAGCACGUGCAGCUGUUAAAUGGGCUCAGAAUCAUGUCGACAAGGACUGGAAGGAAUGGACUGGUGAUAGCUAAUAGAAUAAAACCUGCCAUAGUUUUUUGUUCAAGAAAUUUUCUAGCAUUAUUUAUGUAGGUUAUGAGAGCUCAUUUUGCAUUCCUGUAGAACUGAAGAGUCAUUGUAAUUUGUGAGGAUGAGAAGGAAAAUAUGAAGUAAAAGUCUGUUUUUGCUAUAACAGUAAGUUUACAAGGGGUAAUAGAACUGUAUGAUAAUCAUGUGUAAGUUCUUCAAUCAAAAGAAGCUAUUCAAUGGCUGUAUUCUGUCA